AACAAUGUCCGAAGAAUUACAAAAAGCUGGCCUCUUCAUAGAUGACAUUUACCGAUUGCGUGUCCAAGAUCCACGCAUUGCCAAUGAGACAAAUGAAUUGCGAGAGGAGUGCCUGGAAUAUGCCAAUAAAUUGGAUGAAUUUAAAAAAUUGGCCGUGGAAUUUGAUAAGAUAUUGAAGAAUUACUCAAAAGAUGUGGAAAAGGAAAAGUUGCGAGCAAUUGGAACACAGAAUCGUUUGAAGACAAUGGCCAAACAGCGGCAGGCCGAACAGCAAUUAUAUCAGAGUAAAAUCCAUGAGAAAAACUUGGAAUUGGAACGUUUGAAAAGUGAAUACCAGUAUCUGCAAAGAGUGGAAUCGGAACAACAGGAAUUAAUCAAUAAUUAUUUAAUGAAUCAAUAA